AUGAAGUUGUUCUUCUACCACAGGAAAGUCUUGCUGUUCUCCAUUGAACUAGAUCCCUCAAAUACAGUUCUAGAGAUGAAACAAAAGAUCGAAAAGACCAAACGCAUCUCUGUUUCCAACCAAACCAUUUUCUUCAAAGGCAAGAUUCUAUUGGCAGAUCGAGACUCUCUCACUCUCACGCAAUGCAAGAUCUUCAACAAAUCACGUCUCGAGUUAUACUUCUGCCGUUCACGUCUACGUCACGACCUCCGUCAAGCGCUUCAGCAAACAGAGCAAUCUCCAGCUCCGGCGUCAACGUCGGUUAAAGAUGUCAUUAUCAUUGAAGACUCUCCUGAAAAGAAUCAAGAUUCGACUCUGGUUCUCCAUCAAACCGAGAAAGCUCUAGUACCACCAUCGUGUUCAGUUGAUGAGCUCUCUGCCCUUGAAGAAUGGCUUAUGGCAACGGAAGGAAACGUUAGUGUUCAAGAACCGUCGUGGAGAUACGAUAACUAUCAAGAUUGGCUUCAAAGAGAGCAAUCAUCUUCUACGUCAAACACAUUUGAAGCUGAAGCAUUCUUUAACCCAGGAAACGUUAGUGUUCAAGAACCGUCGUGGAGAAACGAAAACAGCCAAGAUUGGCUUCACAGAGAGUCAUCAUCUUCUACGUCAAACAUAUUUGGAGAGUUAUCGUUCCUUGCGGAUGUUCCUUUGUCAACAGAACUUUUCGACAUGCAAAGGUUCGGCUAUACGAGUACAGCCCAAGAACAGAGGAUCAACGAUCAAGAUCUGCCUGCGAGUCAAGUGGUUCAUCCCCAGAAAAGAGACGUGAUUAACAUUCCAGAUUCGCCUGAGAGCAGCAGCAAGAAACGGGCCAAGAAUCUUUCGACAGUGAUGGUGUUGUCAUUUCCCGUUAAUGAUGCACCUGCGAUGAAGUUUCCUGUGGAGGUGAACCCCAGCGAGAACGUUGAAGUACUGAGGACAGAGCUGGCGAAGAUGCAGCAGAGGUGUCAGUUACUUCUCCCUGAAGGAGGGUACUUCUUUAUACACAAAACACAAAUUUUAUACGAGAAGCAGUCAUUCCGCUGGAACCGUGUUGCUCAGGGAGAUACGAUUGAGAUUUUUCCAGGAAGUGUUACCCGAUGA